AGCAGUUUCGUCUUCUUCGCUUCUCGUUUGGUCGCCUUGAGCUGCACCAUGCAACGGCCUUGCAGAGCUGCACUGAUCAUCCUGCUGCUCAGAUGGGCCUUGGUAGGUGAAUUGUCUAGCUUCGCAGUGACGGCACCCUCAGGCCGCAAACUGCCAAAGAAGCCAAAGAAUUUGGACAAAAAGCAGGAGUACGACGUGCCUGGCACCCUCUACCAGGGAGGACGCAGAGGUAUUCAGUUCUUCCUGGGCGACAUGGUAGAAGUGCAACGCGCUGGUGAAUGGGUCACUGCACGGGUCUCACGAGCUCCCACCGAUGAGCGGCCCAAUGAUGGAUCCUUUCGGGUAAAGUUUGAUUCGGAUGCCUAUGAGAUGAAGUGCUGGUACAGAGAUCUUCGGAAGCCCAAGAAUCCAGAGAAUGUUCAGAUGCCAGAUUGGGUGGAGGACUGGUGGCCAGAGGAGCCAGCUCCAGAGCCAGACUACGUGGGCAAUGAGUCCGAUCCCGAGCUAAACUUUGUCAUCAAGGGCCCAUUCCCCAAGGAAUAUACGGAAGAUGAGAUGUUCUGGCGGAAGGGACCUCCUCAGGAUGCGUUUGAAAUCACAGAGGAGGAGCGCCAGCAGGAUGCUGAGAGAUGGGCUGAGUUCCGAAAGAAGGAGGCAGAGAGGAAGCAAAUGGAAGAAGAGAGGAGAAAAGCCUUUGAGGAAAGCGAGAGAAAAUGGGCUGAGGAAGAAGCAAAAAAGAAGAAAGCCGAGGAGAGGAAGGUCAAAAAGGUCAAAGUGAGAGAUCCUGAGGAAGAUGAUGAAGAAGAAGAUGAUGAGGAGGAGGAGGAGGAGGAACUGGCGGACGACAACUUGGAGAAGUGCAGCGUUAUUGAGCUGAAAGACAAGCUGAGAGCCAUGAAUCUUCCAGUCUCAGGGCGAAAGGCAGAGCUUAUCCAACGGAUACGUGAGGCAAAAUGAUGGGUUUCAACGCUGGAUUGCAGCAGGCUGGAAUGCCCUUUGCCAAUGAAUGGUAGCUUAGGUGUUCGUAGAAUGUCUUGCCGAGCAGGCAAGCUUGGUCCAUUUUGUGAAUUCUUAGACAAAGAGGGGGAUUGGGAAGCCUGCGCGGA